AUGACAGAUUUAGGGAAGAUGCGCUAUUUUCUGGGUAUUGAGGUUUUUCAAACUUCUCGUGGAAUCCACAUUUCACAGCAUAAAUAUGUUAAUGAAGUUUUGAAAAGGUUUGAUCUCGAGGAGUGUAACCCAAUUCAAAACCCGAUGGUUCCGGGAAUCAAACUUACUGCAGACGAUGAAAGUGGAAGGGUAGAUGUUACUCGUUUCAAACAAGUGGUAGGGAGCCUAAUGUAUGUCACUGUAACUCGACCCGACAUACAAUUUGCGGUAAACAUGGUGAGUCCAUUCAGCGCUGCUCCCACAGAAAGUCACUAUGCAGCAGCAAAAAGGAUUAUAAGAUAUUUGAAGGGAACUACAGAUUUGGGCAUUUGGUAUGAUCGUGGAGGAGAAAAGAAACUGGAGGUCUAUACUGACAGUGAUUUCGCUGGAGAUGUCGAUAGCAGAAAGAGCACGUCGGGCUAUGUUUUUAUAUGGAAUGGUGGUGCGUUUGCUUGGUCAUCAAAGAAAUAA